AUGCCUGCACACUCGGCGACGCGGGGAACCCAGAGGGCAUCUGGUCCCUGGGCCGGAUUUUUUAGCUCUUCUUUUGGGAGGGCACAUGCACAGGUAGCUAGCAUGGAAGGCGCAAAGGCGUCGAAAUCCAGCGCGUUGGUCUCUCAGACAUUGCUGGAUUUGCGGCAACGUAUUCUUGACGAGGUGAAGGGCAAUAAAAGUGCGAACAGUAAGUUGCGCCAGGCUCAUCGUCAGCGGGCGUGGGAAAUGGCGUUUGGUCACCCAGGCGGGGAUGAGGUGGAGGUAUCGACGAUAGAAAUUUCACUUCUUUGCCCUUAUUCUCGUAUGGCAUUGCGGUAUCCGGUACGAAGCAGAGAGUGCCAGCAUCUUCAGUGCUGCGAUUUGGAGUCGUGGAUUUCGCUGUUAGAGAAGUGCCGUUCCAUGCGAGACCCAAGGGCGCCGUGUCCUGUGUGUGAGAAGCGUGUGGCGGCCUCCACGCUGGAGAUGGAUUGCUGGCAAUUGCACGUUUUGUCACAGAUGCCUUCAGGGACACACAUGCUUAUUUUGGAUCCCGACGGAAGCUAUCGAAGCGGUGAUGCCUCACGCCAGCAAAAGAAGCAACAGGUGACAGAAAUCAUAGAAUCGACGCAGGCUCAAAAGGAGGAAGGCGAUGACAAUUUUUUAUUGAAUUCUUCCAACGGCUCCGCGUCCCCAACCCAAUGGAUAUCGGACAUUAGGAUCGCUCAUGUUAAACGGGAGCGGCAUUCGGAGGACGCCCCUGAUCCGCCUUCGCAGGGAUUCCCCAGUGCCUCCAGUGGUUUGACGCAAGACGAAGACGUUUUUGCGGUUCAUUACGUGGAGUCGGUGGGGACCACUCGGGUUUUGCCCAGCCAGGCUCGGUUGUGGGUGGCACACUGCCCUCGUUGCACCAGGACAUUGCUGAAGAGCGAGGGGGGCGAGGUGGAGUGCUGCACUGAAUGUGGUCUGGGGAGGGAGGACUGGACGCUCGUUCGGAGUUUUCCCGGCUCGUCACUCUCACUGGAGUUGACGCGCGAUGGCACGUUGAUUCUUCGCGGUGCCGAUGCUUUGGCACCGCAUUUGAUUCGCGCCGGAUUCUUCCGCGCCAUAUUUGCGGAUGAGGAAGAUGUCGCUUGUCCGCGCAAGGAUGCUGGCAUCUGGUACACCACAGCCACCCUCACACGCUACGAAUUGGAUUUUUUGGAGGCCUGUUGCCAGCGUCUGGCUUUCGGGGAAACGCUUGAGGGGAUGCCGUCAGUCCCCGCGCUAUUCCGUAUCCCACGUCGACGCCUCGCCCCAAGGGAGUCUGCGUUUAAACAGUUAAGUCACCCGAGUCUUAGCGGGUAA